GUGAUAUUGGUAUGACUAAGAAGAAAAUUAUGCUUAUUGUAGAUGACAUUUCAGAACAUAGAAACCAUGCGGUUGGAGAACUUGCUGGUAUUUCACAGGAAAUAGAUCCUAGGUUAUCUAAAAAAGUUAUAAAUUAUGCUGAUGAAAUCAAAAAUGUUAGAGAAAUGAGGCGUCUAUUAAAAAUCUUUGUAAGAAAUGACCUGUUUGAUAAAAGUGAUAUGCCUGAUAUAAAUAAUAGGCGAUUUUUUCCAAGCAAAAAUAUUAUUCGAGUGCAUAUGGUUGCAGCACGAAAAAAAUUACAACUUUCUUUAAUUGAUCAGGAAUGCCUUCUUAAUAAAAUUAAGGCAUGACAAAAAGAUGAUCCAUCUGUAAAUAUUUUUUUUCGCCCUAAAAACAACUUGAAAAAAAAAUGAUGCAACAGAUACAAUAAUUCAAAAUGAAAUUAAUAAUGAAGAUAGUACUGAAACAGAUGAGGACCUAAAGUUUACUGAAAAUGAUUCUAAAAACUCACUUUUACUUGUUUAUCAAUC